AACAAUUUUGAUGGAAUUUUGGUGAUAAAUAGAUAUUAUGUCGUAUUUUAAGAGAAAGAAAGGCAGAUUUCAGAACUUAGGAUUUCUACAUGCAAUUCAUGUUGAGACAAGAGCUUUGAGGGCUCGAGCAGGGGUUAUAGAGACCUCAACUCCGUUUCAACCUUCUUUUAAACGAGAGAAUACACAGCAGAUAACUUUUAAGAAGAUUUCGAAAGAUUCGAAGAACAAUAAGACACCCAUAGAUGAGUGUAAAGAUCGAGUUACUGCUGUAAGGAAAAUAUCCGAACUACUUUUGCUUCAAAGUGAGUCGAGGUGGAAUGAAUCAGACCCCGUCUAUUACAUCCUUAGUAUGAAAUGGCUCAACAAAUUAAAAGAAUAUCUCUGAUACGAUUAUGUGCUUUCUUGACUAAGAAAUGCAAUCUCUUCGAGGAAGCCAGCAGUCAUAGAUGUCCAAAGACUAUUAGAUGCGACAAAUAAGCACCCAGGACCUAUAAAUAACUCUGAUAUCUUGAUGCCUGAAGAUUCUUUCUUUAUAGACAGGAGUAAUAUGUCUCAUUACCUAAACACACCUCUUCGGAGAGAGGUUCAGAGAUCCGAGUUCGUGAUUGUCUCCAGAUAUUUGUGGGAUUAUCUUAAGGCUGAAUAUGGGAUAUAUUAUUCAACCCUACAGAUUUCAGGCGGGCUCAACAUAGACCAAGAAGAAGGCUAUGAAAGGCAGGAAAUCAGAAGAAUCUUCGAAGAUGACAACUUCCUAUGAUCAAACUUUAUAUUGCAAGAAGAGGUAAAAAAACUUGAAUGUGCGAAGAAAUACUUGAUUCUCAAGCAGAGAGCUUCAUGGGAAGAUGUCAAAAAAAGGUUCGUUAAAGUUGUCCCGAAUUACUCUAAGCUGGACUACAGGAUAAAUAUGAGGCUCUGGAAGUUGGAUGAAAGAUACACAACUAUUGACAACUUCAAUGAUUAUUAUAAUUCUUCUAUCCUCCGAGGUGAUGUUACAGAUGACUUUACCGUCCCUGCAGUUAAUUUGGAGCCUUAUAACAAGAGACUUGUUGAGCAAACUGUGGAUAUUGACGACAUGAAGAAUCCUCCUGUAAUCAUAUGUGAAAUAAAGGACAUAAAUGAUCAUAUUUGGCAGUUUAAGUCUCGAGCUAAAACACAGAAAUUACGGUUCCUAGUCACAGGCCGAGAGUUAGGCAAAGAGUACAUGAUGAACCAAAACACAGAUUCAGAUAGUGAUCACGAAAAGGAGUGUGAUAUACUAUCUCGAAAGAUUGAAGAACUUCAGACAGAUUCUGUCGCUGGAGAAUUCAGUAUUUACUUCCAACAAACUCUCUGAACUGGAGAAAUCUACGAUCUUCCUCAGGUAGAUUACGGAGUCUUCAGAAUUUUCGAAGAUCUCGAAGUCAGGCGUAAACGAAGGAUUGAAGAACAGAAGCAAAGGGUCAAAGAAAAGCUAGCUCAAGAGAAGAAAGAGAAACAGCAGCAAAAGUUGAAGAAGAUGAAAGGAACAAUUAAGAAAGAAGAGCUUCAGCCUGAUGAAUAUGCCCAACAAGCUAUUGAAAGCGGAAGAGCAAUUUCUUGUGCUAGGUGAUGUGUGAAAGACAAGCCCAUCAUGAUCAGCUGAGAAGGUUGCAGAAAUACCUUUUACUGCAGUGAAAAAUGCCGUGAAGAAGAUGGCAACAGCCACAGUAGGAACUGUAGCAAAAAGUUUGCAGAUACUAGUUUUGGAAUGAACGAAGAUCCUCUUCAUGAUUUUGAUAAGCUAGCAAAAGUCGAAAACGAUGAAAAUAUGGAAGACUUGGAAGACUUCGAUGGGAUAGAAACUUCUAUGAGGCAAGAAAGUUUGGACGAUUUUGAUCAUUCCGGAAGUCAGAGAAAAUAUAAAAAUAAGAACCAAAAUCCUGCAGAGUCCGAGAUCAGGUUGGAAACUUUCUCCCAAGAGGAUAGCACAAGGCUUGAUACUGAAGAUAAAGAAAUGAAAUUUGAAACAGAAUUGGAUGUGACAAACUUUGACCCUCUUGAACUGAAAAGUGAGGGAAAUUCUCAGCCUCAAUUUGAUGUCGAAGAGAGAUCAGAUGAGGAAGAAGAAAAUGGCAACAAAAGAGAAAACUCAACUAUCAUCAAACUGCGCAACCUCAAGGAAGAGAAUGAGCUCUUGUUAGGAGAAGAGGAGCAAGAAAAACUUGAAUCUUCAAGAAAAUUAGAUGACUUGAUAGGCCUUGAGAGAGAUAAAUCAAGCAACUCCUCUGCUACUUCAGACAAAAGUGAGAAUGAUCCUUUCUGAAAGGAAGACAAUGAGAUUAAUGCACUUUUGGACGACAAUGCGUCAAUUGAUGACAACAUCAGUGACCUUUCUGAUUCAGAUAAUGGAGAUAGGAAAGAUCCGUGCUUUAAAGAGAAGAUCAAAAUAGAAUGUGUGAGUCAAAACUCCAAUGAUAUUGAAGAUUACAAUAUUCUGCUCCCCUUGGUUAACGACAUCGACUUGCUAUCUCAAGACAGCAGUGAACUGGAAGAUGAGCCAAAGCAAGACUUUUCUGAAGACUUUAGUGAUGACGAGAAGGUGACGAGCAAAAAGGUGAAAAAGAGAGCUCCAAAAUUUAUACCUCUACCUGAAACUGAUGGCAAAAGGCUGAGGAGAAAGAGACAAAUCAAGGAGGAUGAUAAGAUUAUUGAGGAGAGGAAAAGACAGGUUGACCUGAUCCAUCUCAAAGAUGCAGGAAUCUCCUCCAAAACUCUCGAGAAUGAGGCAUUUGUGAAGAUGCUCAGAGAGAUAGCGAUGAGUCCAGAAGCAUCUGCUGGGUUUAGAAGUGUAAUGGCUGAAAACGAGGCUGCUUUGAAAAGACUUCGUGAUAUGACCAGUUUUGAUGAUAUUAUUAGUCAUCUGAGUUCUCUAACUCCGCCUAUCUUUACAGGAGAGUAUAAAAAGCUAAAAACUUGUGGUUUGUGCAGACAUAGAGACUACAAGAAUGAACUUGGCUUCUUUAUGUCAGGAUUUCCUAUGCUUCUAAACCAAGAAGCAUCCAGUCUAAAGGUGCUUUAUAUCAAGAAAGAGAACAGUGAUACCUUCAUUUCCCAUGUGGGAAAAAUGGAGUUUGAUGAAUACGAGAAGUAUGAAAUUCCUAUAAUUCCAGGAAAAUACUCUGUUGACAGUAUCAAGGAUAUGUUGAAAGCCACACAGGAGGACUUUGAUUACACCAAAAAAGACCUCUCCUUAGUAGACAUGAGGCUCAAUGUUGAUAUCAAUUCUUUGCUUCAGGGUGAACACUUAGAAUUUGAGUUAAAAGAGGGAGACAAGAACGCCAUUUACGCUUAUGAAGUAGAGAAACAGCAGAGAGAACUCUUAAUGAGGGACUUUGUUCACAUCAUGUCUUAUGACGAAGCCUUAAAGUUCUAUCCUCGCUUUGUAGGUAUAGAUUAUAGUAAGAAAUGUGGUGAAGUCAACAAACGUAUUUUUAAGGCCAUUAGACCCCUGUUAGCACAGUUAUUUGACAAGAGUAUAACUAAAAAGUACGAGAAGUAUACCUCAAAUUUUGAUGACAUCUACAGCGAGUACAUGAAGAUGGACCCGAUCGAUUACAGAUUUCGAUUGAAAUUCGAAUAUGUAAACAACGAAGAGGUUAUAACCGAGCUGAGAAAAUUUCAGUUUGAGAAGGAAGGAUUCUCAUUAAAUGACAAGGCUCUGAAGCAGAAUGAAAUUGGCCUUAAUGACCAAACCAAGCUGGAUAAACAAUAUAAACAAGAGCUGAGGGAUAAGUACAAAUACAAGACUAAUGAAGAAAUUGAGAACAUGUUGUACUGCAUCGAAAUUGAUCUCCAGGAAGAAUACUACUGUAAAAUUACAGAUGUGCUUCCUUGCAUUAACUACAUUGAGAAAGUUUAUGUAAUUAUGCCGCCUUCUGCUGAGUUCGACCAAAUUAAGGAAGACUUUAACAGAAAAGUGCUUCCCAAUGAGAACGCUGAGGAAGCUAUUUACAAUUUUAAAGAGCACAGCAUUGAUAUGAUGCUCAGAAAACUGGUUGAGAAAUGUGUGAAAUGAAAGAAAGAAGUAGCACAGACGCAUUUUAUCUCUGAGACUGUUUCAUUACCGAGGUACUUCAUCUGAUUUGCUAAGAAAGGCCAGGAGAGACGGAUAGUUAUGGAACAUAAGAUCAAGCCAUUUAAGAGAAAUGGUUUAUAUGAAUUAACCGGCUUCUUUGUAUUUGAUGAAGAUGAAGGCUCCAAAAAAUCGCAUGAGUUGGUUUCAUAUUUCAGAACACCUGAAAGUGAAUGGGUUAAAAUUUUAAACUCUAAGAUGGAGUUUGACCAUUAUAGCAGAAUCAAUGCUAAGGAGAUCUCUUCAGCAGAAUCACUGACAUUUGAUCAAAAGAAGAGAAAGAUUGAACAGCAAAAGGUUAGUGGAGGAUUCCCUGUUAAAUUUGAAGAGCAGUAUCGACACAACUACUUAUACAAAGGGCUGAUUUAUAAAUUAAUCUCUCAAUAAUUCCAUAAUUUUUUG